UGAUGUGGCUUUCCUCCGACAUUAUCACAACAGCAAAAACAUUUUUCUCGGUGAAAAGUUCUUUAUUCUUUUCGCUGCAGCAACAGACAGAAAACAAAAAAUAUGAGCCACGGGGGCGCAAAUUGUAUUUUAAAGAUUUGUCAGGGGUGCAAAACCUACUAAUCACCGAUUUUUAUCAUCACUUGUUGGUUGUUGACAUAGCCAAAUUUACACAUCAUUAACGCCACAUCUCGCAAGUGGAGGCAGCACAUUCCCACCAGCAGCUGUAGCCAGUCUACUCAUUCACAGAGUGGCGGCUGCAUAGACAACAGGCUACCUCCCUCUGUCCUGUGAUGCUGUACGGCUAUCAGGACAAAAACCCACAACAGCUAUGAAGACGAAGAGCUUGUCAUCUAACAAAGAGCCAUAAAAUCAAGAUCAAACCACCUUAAAUGGGACUAGAAAAUAGGAGGAACAUUACAGAGAGGGCACUUUUUGUUUUUGAUUACUCAUUUUGUUUUAAUCCUCUAGCCUUUGUAUUGUAAACAAAUUACCCCAUCGAUAAUACUCUGAGGUGCUUGGGCAAGGUGAUGUUUUUCUCUGUUCAGUCAAGACACCACUAUCACUAUUCUUUAGUGGCUUGCAAGGAUGUUUUUGUCCUAAUGUUGUGCUUUGAGAGAGACUUAUUGUGACAGAGCAGCAGUGCUGCAAAUGGCAGUGUGGAAUAAAACAUGCCCAUAGCUGGAGGGGCUCAGUCCCCCCCAAGUCCUGCUGUCAGGGCAGAGUCUUUGCUCCAGCACCCAGCCCUGCAGUAGCUCCUCGGUGUCCUCAUGUGGCACUAGUUACUGACUCUGACUCUCUAGUCAACUCAGCCAGGAGCCCACUGAAGCUGCAUCUCCAGCUGCACCAUGACUUUGUCAGACAACGAUGAGACGGGGAGCGACCUGUCUGAGACUCUGGAGAUCCAUGACCUCCAGAACCAGUACAUGGACCCAGGGAAUUGCUUCAAGUCCAAAAGCUUACCCAUCCUGAAUGGACCCUGUCAGCAGGAUUGUGAGGAUGUGGAGCCCAGGCUGGUCAGUACAACCCACACCUCUGUGGCUGUGGACGAGAGCUGCGAGCUCCAGCCGAAAACCCCAGACUCCAGCCAGGCUGAGUCCCCCUGCUCCAGGACAGACUUCUCUCCCUCUGUCUCCAGCAUGGUUGGCCUCAGCAGCUCUCUGCCUGUUGAGGGCCACAGGGCCACCAGAUCCGGGGGUAAGAAACUCGGCUUUUCUCUCACCCGCCUCAUCCGUGUCCCGGCUAGGAAAUACGUGCGGGUGAUCCUGCGGGACUCGCGCUGCUUCUUGUUCUGCAUGUGCUACCUGACCUUCAUCCAGUCCCUGAUGGUGUCAGGCUACCUGAGCAGUGUCAUCACCACCAUCGAGAAGCGCUACAGUCUUCGUAGCUCUGAAUCCGGCCUGCUGGUCAGCUGCUUUGACAUCGGCAGCUUGCUGGUGGUCGUCUUCAUCUCCUACUUCGGUGGCAGGGGUCAGAGACCACGCUGGCUGGCUGUCGGGGGCGUCUUCAUCGCUGUAGGGGCAGCUUUGUUUUCCUUGCCACACUUCAUCUCACCACCCUACCAGAUCCAGGAGAUGAACUCCUCAGCGGGCCACGAAGGCCUCUGUCUCAGCGGGAAUGCCAGUAGUCGUGAGCUGCUGGAUGUGGCAUCAUGCCCUCGCGACCAGGAGGGCAAUGAACACAACUUGUAUGUGGCGCUUUUCAUCUGUGCACAGAUACUUGUGGGCAUGGGGUCAACGCCAAUCUACACUCUGGGGCCAACUUACCUAGAUGACAACGUGAAGAAGGAAAAUGCAUCUCUCUACCUGGCCAUCAUGUAUGUAAUGGGAGCACUGGGACCUGCAGCCGGCUACCUGCUGGGAGGCGUCCUUAUUGGCUUUUAUGUUGACCCCAAAACUGUCGUCAACAUCGACCAGAGUGACCCUCGCUUCGUCGGAAACUGGUGGAGUGGCUUUCUCCUGUGUGCCAUAGCCAUGCUUCUGGUCAUCUUCCCCAUGUUUGCCUUCCCCAAAAAGCUGCCUCCACGCCACAAGAAGAGGAAGAAGAAAAAGAUGAGCUCGGCCGGUGAUGAGUCCAGUGAUGAUGAUGUGAUGAAGGAGAAGUCCAGUAGCAAGGGCCAGAAUGUUUCCUCUUCCAUGGGCUUUGGGAAGGACAUCAAAGACCUCCCCAAGGCAGCGGUGAGGAUCCUCAGCAACAUGACCUUCCUGUUUGUCAGCCUGUCCUACACAGCUGAGUGUGCCAUCGUCACCGCUUUCAUCACCUUUAUCCCCAAAUUCAUCGAGUCGCAGUUUGGUAUCCCUGCCUCCAACGCCAGCAUAUAUACUGGUGUCAUCAUCGUGCCCAGUGCCGGGGUGGGCAUUGUGCUGGGGGGCUACAUCAUCAAAAAGUUGAAGCUUGGUGCCAGGGAAUCAGCCAAGCUGGCCAUGAUCUGCAGUGGAGUGUCUCUUCUUUGCUUUUCCACUCUCUUCAUAGUGGGGUGUGAGAGCAUCAACCUGGGAGGCAUCAAUAUACCUUACACUACUGGGCCGACCCUGACGAUGACCCACAGGAACCUGACAGGCAGUUGCAAUGUGAACUGUGGCUGCAGAAUCCACGAGUACGCUCCAGUCUGCGGCUCUGACGGCAUCACCUAUUUCAACCCCUGUCUGGCCGGGUGCAGCACCGUGGGCAACGACAGCACCGGGAUCAGGAACUACACAGACUGCGGCUGUGUGCAGAGCAGACAGGUCAUCACUCCGUCCUCUGGUGGCCAGGGCAACCAGCUCCAGCUGGUCAUUGUUAAAACCUACCUGAACGAGAACGGUUACGCUGUGUCUGGGAAGUGUGACCGCACCUGCAACACACUUAUCCCCUUCCUCAUCUUCCUCUUCAUCGUCACACUCAUCACUGCCUGUGCGCAGCCCUCUGCCAUCAUCGUCACACUCAGGUCUGUUGAUGAACAGGAGAGGCCUUUUGCUCUUGGGAUGCAGUUUGUCUUGCUUCGAACUCUAGCCUACAUCCCUACACCCAUCUACUUCGGUGCUGUCAUCGACACCACCUGCAUGCUGUGGCAGCAGGAUUGCGGUGUGCACGGCUCGUGCUGGGAGUACGACGUCACCUCCUUCCGCUUUGUCUACUUUGGCCUGGCUGCAAGCCUCAAGUUCGUCGGCUUCAUCUUCAUCUUCCUCACCUGGUACUCCAUCAAGCACAAGGAGGAGCGAGCCGAACGCUGGCGCCAGCACCUUCCCCCUCUGGGCACUGUCAGCGAGCUCAUAUGCCACGCCGGAGGCCACAAGAGCCACGCUCGCACCCGCUCCUGCCCGGUGUUCAUCCCGCCUCGGCCCGACCCACCCACCGCCCUGUUGCUUAACCGUGGCCAUAGCAGCCUCAGUUGCCCCGGCAACGCCCUCAAAGCAAUAACCCCGCCCAUCCUCUUGCCACAUCACCACAGAGGCUCUGCCCGCGUCUGAGACCAGGCCAAAAGCCUCCCUCUGGGGUUCGUAGUGACAUGUGCCUUCCUGCUUCUGUUUCUGCACCACACAGUGUCUGGUUUACACCAAUCAGAUGCCAGGGCGGUGCACCGAAGCUCUGACGGACAGGCAGAGACACCAGUAGACUGACAAGCACGCCCAAAACGCAUAAAGGGCUGGUUGUCAGUGAUAAUAGGAGACUGAGAGAUGCUCCAAUGGACCUGUUUUUUUAAAAUCCUGAGCAUAUCAUCAGCUGCAGCCACACACAGCAUCCACAGAAGGUCAGACCUCCAUUUCAAGGUUUGGACAAUGUAAAUGAGACGUCAUAUGGUGCUACUGUACAAGGGACAGGGCAUUAUUAUCUCCACUGUACUGACUGGUGGGAAUAGAGAGAUGACUCAUCAUCAACACUGCGUCUAAAGCACAACUGACCGACCAGUACUAUGCAAGAUCCUGUGUACAGCUCCUCCUUCUCAGUACUGUACAGCUCACUCUGUAUUCCCUAUCUGUACCCCUGUAUUCCCCUGCUCAUUUACACGAAGAAUAUGCCACCACAUUGUAGUCAGCUCACUGAAUGUCAUUAGCAGCUAUUCCCGUUGUUCCAUACAGAGUCAGAGGUGUGAACAUAUCACCCCUUCCUGUUGUACAUUAUGAGCCGUUCCGCCAUUUCUCUCAUCGUACUUGUCAGUGUCAACCUCUGGUAAAAAACCGGAUGUGUUGUUUGUGUCUUCAGAGUUGAACAGACAAAAGAGGGAUUUUUUUAUCCUCUCACCUCCCUUUUCCCUUUUUUUGUAACAGUGCCUCUCAGGCUAUCUUGGCCAGUCCAGUAUACAGCUAGCUACCAGGUUAAAAAGCUAGCUACCCAAAAAGCCAAUCACUGUCAUCUCAGUUGAGUGACAGUAUUCUGCUUGGUUUUGCUCCGCUUUUGUGUUUUCUGACCCGUCGUCACCGAUGUUGAGUCAGUGCCCGGCGCUCUGUAGUGGAGGAAGAUGUUUGUUGCCUUUGCAAGGUAACCAUGUAGCUUACAUCUGACAAGCACCAGUGGUACAGUGUGUUAUGUAUUCGAAGAAAAUCAAUCUUUUCAGCAAACAAAAAACUCUGUCUCAGCACACUGCAUCAGUAGUUUAAGAAUAGUUGAAAAGAAAGACGAUAUCUCAUCUCUGACCAUGUGCUGAAGCUACUGUAGGUCCUAAAGAUGCGGCCAUACUUGAAAUAGGAGCUACCAAGGAGAUCUAAGAAAUGUGACAAGUACUGUAAUGUUUGAAUACUGCUGUAAUGUAACAAAUCUGGCCCUUUUUAAAACACAAGGUUUCUUGAGAGUUAAAUGAUUUUAGCCAAUUCAUUACAACAAUCAACAGCAGGUGAAAGGAUGCACCAUUUUGGCUUUGUAUUGUAAUGGCUUCUCCAUCCUAAUGGUCAUCAGAUGUACAUAGUAAUUAUCUAGUAGUCUAGGCUUUAACAAGUAGUGCAGCAAGCAUGUAAACAAUGAAGCCCAUUUUAUCAACAAGAGUAAUCUGACGUCGUUUUGAUUAUUCAGUGAAUGGAUGUUUGGGGCCCUCUAGUGGACAGCGAGAUGAUUGCGUGAGGCCAGUGAAUGUUGCUGUAGUGAAGUCACACGUGAAACUCUUGGUUAGAAGGUUAAUUAUUAAACUUAAUCACUGCACUGAAUUUACCACUUUACCACAAAGAAUACUAGGGGUUCCUAAAACAUGGCCAGGUUUCCAGGGGCUUUGUCUUUUCACCUUAAAAGAGAUGAAAGGCGAUCAGACAGCAUUUCCACUGGCUGUGAGGUGCAGUCACACACACACACACACCAUUUUUAUGUGGCACAAAUUAGAUUUGUGUGUCCACACAGAGGUAUGUUGAAACAACUUGGAUGAGCACUGAAUGUUCACUGAAUCUUCAUUCUAAAAUCAUUAUGUACGUGGAUUUCAUCUUGUCUUGGCCCAAUAUUGCCCCUUCAAACACCAAUAGAUUUCUUUUCCUUUGAGAUAUAACAGUAGUGUUUCUUUCUCAGGGGUGUCCGAAUUUGUGCCACUAUUCCUCAGCUUAUUUGGCACUACAUUCCUUAAAAAAAAAAAAAAAAAAAAUGUCAUGACACAAAUUGAAUUGACAGAUAUCAGUAUGUGUCAAGAUGGAUACAAAAUCCAGUUUUGGGGUAUGUAAAUCAAAACUUAAAGCUUAGACGUUGCAAGCCUAAGAUAAGUCCAAUCAUGAAGCUAUUCAGCAUUACAUUAUUUUAUCAACUAAAGAUCUGUGAACAAAUGAAGAAUUUUGUGCAGUGAUUAAACUUCAAAAGUUAACAUUUUUGUCAAAGUUUCAUGGUAUACUUCAAGGUAAAGAUUAUCAAAUGGUAAUUGCAGUGACUUAUGCCAAAUUAUGGGUUUUAAUCUUAGUAUUAUUGUGAAUUAGUACCUCAAAUCACAUAUUCCUAAGUGAUCAUCAUGUAAAUAUUGACAAAGCAAAUGAAGCAUAUUAUAGAGCUCACACAUAGUUAGAAGCCUAUUUAUGAACUAACCCAUGACAUUGUAGUCGAUAACAAAAAAUAAGACUUAAAACUACAAAAAAAAAAAAAAAAAAAAAGAACAGAGACAACAGUGAAUUUGUUUCUCGGUGCC